ACAGGUGUCAUCAUUAUAUUUCUUCCAGCAAAGUUGCAAGAAGGGGCGAGGCCGCGGUGCAUGCAAGCUCUCUCCUACAGCAGCACAAAAAGAAGAAACCGGCGAGGCAUUUACUUUCCUGGGAUAGUCCCGUGCUUUUAACACCGAGUAAAGGAGGCGUAGUAGGCCGUUCAAGGAUCCCAAGCAGGACCGGAGGACCCGGUGUAGCUUCUAUAGAAGCAAAAUGAACGGAGGGGGCCGCGGGACGUGGGGAGGAGGUGGAGGUGGGCACCAAGGAGGAGGUGGAGGAAGGGGAGGAGGAGGACGCACCGGCGGGAGCGGCUAUCGCUUUGGUCGCGGUGGACGAAGAGGCGGCGGACGUGGGCACUCGGGCCGAGGUGGACCAGGGGUGAACCAAGCAGGACAAGGCGCUCCUUUUCAAUGCAAGCAUACCCUGGACGGGACUUGCUCCUGGGGCCCAUCCCGGUGUCGGUACGUGCAUGGGGUCGAUUUCCAUGCCAACGGCGUGGAUUUGGAGGCGCACAAAGGCGCCAUCCGAGGCUUGGCCAGCGAUGCGAAUUGCUUGUACACGUUCGGGGAGGACGGAAUCAUCAAGACAUACAGCUGGACCCCAGGCACGGGCAUCACGGGUUGCAAGGAGCAAAACGGUGGGGGUCCGGGGAGUUUCUUCACCACCUCCGACCCCACCCACGCCUUCUAUUUCUACGGCUUUCGGCAGCCUUUGGUGCCAGGCCUGAGCUCGGAGACCAGCUUGGUGGGCCGGGCGCAAAUGUUUUUCAACAACGCCUCCACCGACUUGACCGUCUCGGACGACUGCCCCUACACCGACCCGCGUAAAGUGCUGGCCUGUGUGGCGUGGGAGAUGCCCGCUCCUUCCCCCCCUCAUAUCUUCACGGCGGGGGAGGACGGACGCAUCUAUUCCUGGUCGUACAACGCCGAACAAGCCCGGUUUGUGGUGGGGGCGACGUACGUAGGGCACACGCGCCCGGUGACGGCCCUGAUCUUGGCAGCGACCGAAAACCCACCUUUGCUGUACUCGGCGGGCUUAGACGGAACGAUCCGCUGCUGGAACUGCGCCAGUCAUGCCUUGGAAUGGACGAGCACGGCCGUCGGGGUUUUCCGCCGGCUGUCCGAGCCUCCACAGCCACACGAAGGGCAUGUGGAAGGGAUCACGGACAUGUGCUCGCUGGUCUGCGAAGGGCAGUCCUUCCUGGCCACCAGCAGCCAGGAUGGGAGCGUGCGGAUUUGGAGCAUCCAGGGGGGGAAUCUGGGCGUGACCUUACCCCUGGAUUUUCCCACGGGCGCAGCGGUAAAGCUGUGUCAAGUCGCGGCAGGAGGGGAGGGGGGGGGAAGCGACCCGGCGGGCUUAGGCCCUCCGUCGUUUUUGGUGGUCGCUUAUGAAAGCGGGCACAUGGUUUUCUGGACUUUACCCGGCUUGGAAACCUACUUGGUGAUCGAUCCACCCUACGCGGGGAAACCGGGGGGUAGGG